GUCACAGCCUCCCAGUCCUCUCUCUCCUCUCUCUAUCUCGCACUUUCUCUCUCUACUGUAUCAGUCUCUCUCUCUGUGAAAAUGGGGGUGGCAGAGCGACCCACAGUGCGAGUGACAAACAUUCCGCAAACCGUCACAGCCCAAGAGCUAUUAACGUUCCUCGAGUCGAAACUCGGCCGUGACUCGAUCUUCGCCGUCGAAAUCAGCAGCGAUCACAAGAACUGGAAGUCACGUGGCUUCGGCCGCGUCCAGUUCACGACCCUCAAGGCCAAAUUGGAAGCUCAGUCACUCUCCCUGAAAAACGACCUCGUUUUCAAGUCCGAAAGCCUCCGCCUUUCGGAGACCUACGACGACAUCAUCCAGCGGCCGGUGGACCAGAAGCGCCGGGUAAACGACACCGUUUUGCAUGUGGGUUUUAUGGUGAAGGAAGAUUGCAUGAAUGUGCUGGAGACGUGGGAGGGCGUGAGGGCUUGGGUCAUGCCCGAGAGGAAGCGGGUCGAGUUCUGGGUAUGGCGGAACGACGAGUGUUAUAAGCUGGAGAUUGCGUUUGAGAAUGUUAUGGAUUCUGUUGGGUGCUGCUUGGGUGGCGAGAAAGUGAAUGCACUGCUUUUGAAGCUAAAGUUUGGUCCGAGGAUCUUUCGAAAAGUUUCAGGACCUAACAUAGCUGCCAAGUUCAGCGCUGAUCGAUAUCAUGUUUGUAAGGAGGAUUAUGAUUACCUCUGGGUACGAACUACUGAUUUUUCGGACAUGAAGUCCCUCGGUUAUGCUACUUCAUUCUGCUGGGAGAUUGAGGAGGAGUUUUCUGUGCCGGAUGUAUUCGAGUGUUUCCCGUUCUAUAAAGAUAAUGAUGUGGUGGAUCUCAUUUUAGAGGACGGUGAAAGAUACUGUUUGUGGUCGGAGACAGUUCCACUUGUGAACUGCGGAUCAAAUUCAAAGUUGCCAUAUGAGGUCCUUUUCCAAAUCAAUGCACUCGUUCAUUCCCAGAAGAUUAGUCUUGCAGCGGCGGACUCUGAUCUGUUUGAGUUCCUUAGUGGUUUAAGUGUAGACACUGCUAAUGCGCUUCUUGAGAAGCUGCACAAGCGCAAUACCAUUUGUUACGACCCUCUAUUAUUCAUAAGGAUUCAAUCACAUGACUUGGAAGGAAAGUCUAAGAGUCGUCCCUCAGCCCAUAAAAGAUUAGUGGAACAUAACGUAAUGAGUGUUCAUAGAGCCUUAAUUACCCCAUCAAAGAUUUGUUGCUGUGGGCCUGAGCUUGAAAAAUCAAACUAUGUUGUGAAGAACUUUGCAGACUAUGCUUCCGAUUUUAUGAGAGUUACAUUCGUUGAUGAGGAUUGGGGUAAGCUUUCUCCAAAUGCUCUUUCCACAAGCAUCCACAAAGGUAUGUUUACAAAACCCCAUAGAACUGGAAUAUAUCAUCGGAUAUUGUCUAUUCUUCGAGAUGGGAUUGUGAUAGGGGAAAAGAAAUUUGAGUUUCUGGCUUUCUCGGCUAGUCAACUUCGAUCCAACUCUGUUUGGAUGUUUUCUUCUAAUGACAAAGUAAAAGCGGAAGAUAUUAGAGAAUGGAUGGGCUGCUUCACCAAAAUCCGGAGCGUAUCUAAGUGUGCAGCUAGGAUGGGCCAACUUUUCAGUUCUUCUACACAAACUCUUGUUGUUCCUGCACAAGAUGUAGAGGUUAUUCCUGACGUUGAGACUUCUUCUGAUGGAGUUACUUACUGCUUCUCGGAUGGCAUAGGAAAGAUUUCUCUAUCUUUUGCCAGGCAAAUUGCUCACAAGUGUGGUUUGGAUCAUAUUCCUUCAGCAUUUCAAAUUCGAUAUGGUGGAUAUAAAGGGGUUAUAGCUGUUGACCGUAAUUCCUUUCGGAAGCUAUCUUUGCGUCGCAGUAUGCUCAAAUUUGAGUCAAAAAACAGAAUGCUCAAUGUUACCAAAUGGACUGAUUCCUCGCCCUGCUAUCUGAAUCGAGAGAUUAUUAUCCUCAUGUCUACUUUAGGGGUAAAGGAUGAAACAUUUGAGGCAUUGCAAGAGGAACAAUUGCGUCUUCUGGGGAAAAUGCGGACAGAAAGAGCUGCAGCGUUGAGUGUCUUAGAGGGAUUCAGUGGGGCUAGUUCCAGAAAUAUUCUUGUAAAGAUGUUACAUCAUGGUUAUGAACCAAAUGUGGAACCUUACCUCUCAAUGAUGCUUCAGUCAUAUUAUGAGAACUACUUGUCUGAUAUAAAAGGUAGAUGCCGCAUAUACGUCCCGAAAGGCCGGAUCCUGGUUGGGUGCUUGGAUGAAACUGGAAGUUUAAACUAUGGUCAAGUUUAUGUUCGAAUAACCAUGACAAAAGAUGAGCUAGAAAUGGGGGAUCAGAGUUUCUUCCAGAAGGUUGAUGAAACAACAUGUGUUGUAACCGGGAAGGUGGUUGUCACAAAAAAUCCUUGUCUUCACCCAGGAGAUGUCCGGGUACUAGAGGCUGUCUAUGAUGUGGUACUGGAGGAGAAGAAUUUGAUGGAUUGCCUUAUCUUUCCCCAAAAAGGAGAAAGGCCUCAUCCAAAUGAAUGUUCCGGUGGUGAUCUUGAUGGAGACUUGUUUUUCAUAAGUUGGGAUAAAGAUCUGGUCCCUCCUCGUACUGUACCUCCCAUGGACUACUCUGCACGGAGACCUCGGACGAUGGAUCACGAUGUAACCUUAGAGGAAAUUCAAAAAUUCUUUGUUGAUUACAUGAUAAAUGACAAUUUGGGUGCCAUCUCUACUGCACAUCUAGUUCAUGCCGACCGUGAACCAGACAAAGCUUUGGAUUCAAAAUGCCUGCAGUUGGCAGACCUGCAUUCCCAGGCUGUUGACUUUGCAAAAACUGGUGCACCGGCUGAAAUGCCCCGGAUCUUAAAACCAAAAGAGUUUCCAGAUUUCAUGGAAAGGUGGGAAAAGCCCAUGUACUUCUCCAACGGGGCAUUAGGGAAGCUGUACCGUGCAUGUGUUGGCUCAGUGGUGCAGGAAAAAAGAGGCUUGGUUUGGUCAGAGCCGAUUGCUGAAGCAGCUUACGAUCAGGAUCUUCAAGUAGGAGGUAUCGAGUCCGUUCUUGAAGUCGCAAAAGGUCACAGAGACCUGUACAUAGAGAAGAUGAAAAGCAUAAUGAACUACUAUGGGGCCAGGACCGAAGAUGAAAUAUUGACAGGCAAUCUUCGAUAUCGUGCAGCAUAUCUGCAACGUGAUAACAGGAGAUACGGGGAUAUGAAGGAUCGGAUAUCGCUGACAUUCAAGAACCUACAGAAAGAAGCGAAGGGGUGGUUCGAGAGUAGCUGCAGAGACGGUGAGCAUGAGAAACUGGCGUCGGCUUGGUACCAUGUAACUUAUCAUCCACUGCAUUUCCGAGAAGACAUGCACUGCCUGAGCUUUCCAUGGGUUGUGGGUGAUAUUUUACUGAGCAUAAAGUCGGCUAAAAUCCAAACAAAUUGAACUCAUAUACCUAUCCAUGUACAAACCAUAUGCUUCUAGUAGGCUUUCCCUCAGUUGUAGGUGCAUCGAGUAGUUAAUUGUGUACUCGUAUGUGUUUGUAACUUUAAUAACAUCGAACUCCAUUUUCUCUCA